AUGUCCUCCCAUGUAGACCCCCUGUCUCUGUCCUCCCGUCUGGACCCCCCGUUCUGUGGUCUGUCUGGUUGUCAGGAAGCGAUCUGCUCCUGCCUGCUGCUGGACGGCGAGUCCGUCUACAGCCUGGUGGUCAACCCCUUCCUCCUCCUGCUGGCCAGGGUCAUCCUCACCAGAUGCUCGGACAAAAUGGAGAGCCUUCAGCUGCUGCCCUGGUGGACCCUUCGCUACCUCAACCUGCACCAGCAGAUCCUGGAGGCUCGUUCUCCGCAGCUUCUCAGCUUGGCCAAAAGCAGCGUGGAAAAAGUGAUGACAUCCGAGACGCUCCUGUCCAGCCACACCAGUCUGGCUAUCCAGUUCCAGCUGGAGUGUGCCUACAUGAGUCUGACCUACUAUGAGUACCAGGCCGCCAAGGACCACAUCAACAGGGCCAAGGAGCUCUCUGGGCUCCACAUCAACAUGACAGGGGCUCUGGGGAAACGGACCCGCUUCCAAGAGAAGUUUCUGGCCCAGCUCAUCCUGGAGGUGCGAAGGUCGGAGGUGGAGAAGGCUGAUCAGAGGGUCGGUGAGACGACUCCGACUCCCACACCCCGGGCUGCUCUACCCAAAGAUUACCUUUUGGACGAUGACACGGUGUUGGAUCAGAUCAGUCUGGCUGAGCCGGAUCAGUACCAGCUGCCUGACCUGAGUGCUGAGGAGCAGGCCCUCAUCCUGGGUGUCUGCACCGACUUCCAGAAGAACAACCCUGUUCACAAACUAACAGAGGAAGAGCUGCUGGCCUUCACUUCUUGUGUCCUGUCUCAGCCGAAGUUCUGGGCAGUGGAGGUGACAGCACUUUGCCUCAGGACCAAACUGGAAAAGGGAAGAUCUCGGUGUGUGGAGAGAGCCAUGAUGCAAACCCAGGCGAUAGCUGACCAUUUUGAAGACCCGAGCUGUCCGGCCAGCGAGCGCCUCAAAGUCUUCUACUGCUGCCAAGUGCCGCCAAGAUGGGCUGUCCAGAAACUGCUGGCCAGUCUGCUCAUAGACCUGGGAUGCAUCAGUACGGCUCUGCUCCUUUAUGAAAAGCUGGAGCUCUGGGAGGACACGGUUAUCUGUUACGAGAAGCUUGGCCAACAUGGAAAGGCUGAGGAGAUUGUUCGCAGAGAGCUGGAGAAGAAGGAGACCCCGAGUCUGUUCUGUUUGUUAGGAGACAUCCUGAACGACCAUCAGUACUACGAUCGAGCGUGGGAGCUGUCGGGCCGAAGGAGUGCCAGAGCCAUGCGCUCCAAGGCUCUGCUGCACCUCCGGAGCAAAGAGUUCCAGCAGUGCGUGGACUGCUUUGAGGAAUCGCUCAAGAUCAACACCAUGCAGCUCGGUGUGUGGUUUUCCCUCGGAUGUGCCUACUUCGCGCUGGAAGGCUAUGAGGGAGCUGCUAGAGCUUUCCAGAGGUGUGUGGGACUGGAGCCAGAUAAUGCUGAAGCAUGGAACAACCUUUCUACAGCUUACAUUCGCCUCCAGAUGAAAAACAAAGCCUUCCGGACCCUGCAGGAGGCCCUGAAAUGUAACUACGAACACUGGCAGAUCUGGGAGAACUUCAUCGUUGUCAGCACUGACAUUGGGGAGUUUGCUGAAGCCAUCAAGGCAUACCACCGCCUCAUGGAUCUAAGGGAAAACUACAAAGACGUUCAGAUUCUACAGAUCCUGGUGAGGGCGGUUGUUGAGAACCUGACCGACAGCCAGGGGGCGCAGGCGGGCACGCUGAAGCCCAAACUGAAGGAGCUUCUGGGCCGCGUCAGUGCACGCCACAGUAGUGAUGCUGAAGUAUGGCGGCAGUAUGCCCAGCUGUACGGCGGGGGGCGUGGCUUGAAUCCAGAUGACAACGAGAAGGCGCUGCAGUUCCUGUCCAAAGCUCAUCGCUGUGAGGUUCAGACCAGCGGCUGGGAUAAGGACCCUGCUCUUUUCAAGGAGGUGAUCAAAAGAGCCAUGGACAUGGCAGAGGUGAGCAUCAGCUGCAGUGAGAAGAAGAGCAAUCCAGCAGAAGCUCUCCAGAUGCUCUCCUCCUCUCGCCUCAGUCUGAGGAGCCUGGCCACCAAAGCCAAGCAAAUCCACACCGAUGUUGCAUCGGGGGAAAUCCACGCUGAGCUGCAGGACAGCGUUGCCUCUCUGGAGCAGCUGAUCACGGAGCUGCAGGAGCUGAGCGGCAGACUGCGGAACCAGACCCAGUGAUUUCCAGACGUGACCCGCAUCUGAUGAAGGCUGAUGUGUCGCCUGCAUGUUCAUCAUGAAAUGUUUAUAUUUUUUUUAAUCGAAUGGAUGUUUUAAGAAGUAAAGUUGAUAGUAAAAGACUGUGUGUGGGAUUUUCCUUUGUGAUAACAGAUAUUAAAGCUGACAUAAGCUGUUUUAAAGG